GUUCGCUUCAACGUGCUCGACUCGCGUUAUUUGGUUCCAGUGGCACUUCAACUUCCGACGCGAAUAUAAGGGCGGCCGUACUCCGGCUCUUCUGCUUACUCUUAAGCAGCUCAGCCGCUCUUUUGCACCGCGCAGACUUGUGACUAUAGAGUCUUCCUUCUUUGCCUCUGUUACUCCGGCUAUUCGCCUGUCAUUCCAUUGCGCAUACAGCUGAGCCAUGGCCACCUCUCCUAUGGAGUGCGACGGGGACACCACGUUGGUGAAUCCAGAAAACGACCACCGCAGGAUCGCGGCAUCUCCCACCGAGUGGAGCGACGAGUCGGACUCGUGGUUCGAUGAUGAGCAAGAAUUCGAUGCAGAAGCCAAUACAUAAUACAGGACUCCGACAACACGGACUAUUGUCGUCUGUGGAGGCGCAUUAGCCCCACUCCGCCUGCCAACCUCGAAGAACGGAUUUUGGACUGGAAGAGCCGGACUGAUGAGGAAGGGAAUUAUGUGAGCAGGUGCUUUGUGGUAAGCUUCGGUAGCGGGCAAACACUCUCCAAAAUUUUGAUAUUUCGUCUCCUCUUAGAUGCACCAAACAAGGGUCUUCGUGGACAGGUCCGGCAACCCAUGACGUACAAAGACAGUUCGCAUACUGUCCGGCUUAUGAUGCCCACGCCGAUCCCACCGCCAGAGUCGUCCUAUGCCUUACGGAAUGGAUCGUGGGACUGUCAUGUAGCGGACGGCCA